UUGUAGCGAUCGUAUCGAUUAUCCUCUUAGUGUGUUAAUAAAUUUUUUAUGCCAUUUUUGCGUUUGUAGCUCGACUGAUUAGGCUAUGCCAAUAUGUGUUACGUGUUGCGCGAUUUAAAAAAAAAAAAGUAAAAAAAAAAAAUUUAGGGGAAAAAAGUCUCUUAUUUUUAUUUUUAUUUAUUCAUUUAUUUUUAGAGAAUUCAUGCUUCGCUCAUUUUUUUAACAAAUAAACUCUGCUGAAAAUAUGAAGCAAUUAGACUUCUAAUUUGGAACCUUAGGUAUCAAUCAUUAAGUCUUUAGCCAACUGUGCUCGAUACGGUCGGUGUAAAUUAAAAAUUUUUAUGUGGUUGGUUGCGACGGCAAGUGCACUUUUUUACUCUUGUAAUCACUAAUCAUUGGCUAGCUUUCUAUGCAGUCUGGCUGGAUGUCGCGUAGAAAACCUUUUAGAUGUAUAGAUUGCAGACUCUCCACUGUCCACCCAUACACUUCAUUUAAAAAAUCUCGUUUAUGUCCAUCAUCUUGGUUUCUCAAUCUAUUUGAACUUCCGCAAUAAACAAAAUCGCGGGGAAUGUCGAGUAGUAGCAGGUCCCAUUGGUGCUUCCAGUGCCGCCAGAGAGUCCGCCCUCGAGGUCGCUACAUGGUCUGCCCCAACUGCGACAAUGGCUUCGUGCUCGAGCUUGAUGAUGUGGACUCCCUAAUGAUGACCCACUUCAUCGAUCCUGACUUCCACAGGGACCCUCGCUUUGGCGUAGUGGAGGCCCUAUCCGCCAUGAUGAGGCCAGGGAUGGUGGGAAGGAAUCGGGAAGUCGAUAUCCGAGGCCGGCCGAGUAUCUUCUCCGACAUAGAGAUGGAGUUUGGACCAGGCCCAUGGUUGCUCUUCCGUGGCCAAAUCCCUGCCCACAUAUCGGAUGCCAAUGGCUUCGAUUUCUUCUUCAAUGGCCGCAACGGUGUUGGGCUGCAGCGGGCCAACGUAUCAGAAUUGAUCGACCAGUUGAGUCAGCAUGACAAUCGUGGCCCGCCGCCUGCUUCACAGUCAUCUAUCACCGCGAUGCCGACUAUUAAGAUCAACCAGAGACAUCUGAAUGGGGAUUCACACUGUCCUGUAUGUAAGGAAAAGUUUGAGUUGGGUUCGGAGGCAAGAGAGAUGCCCUGCCUGCAUUUGUAUCAUUCAGAUUGCAUAGUUCCAUGGUUGGAGCAGCAUAACUCGUGCCCAGUAUGCCGCUUUGUGUUGCCGCCGCAGGGAUCGGCAGUUGGUUGUUCGAGGUCGAGAUCGAGUCGUCAGAGUUCGGGCAGCGAUGGGAGAAGCAAUGAGCGGCAGAGGAGAAGGAAUCCGUUCUCGUUUCUUUGGCCUUUUCGUUCAUCAAGUUCUAGCUCUAAUUCUCAUUAGGCUGGUAUCUGUGUUUGUUAUGCUGCUUCCAGUGAAUAUAAGAACUUUAUGGGUUACUUUCAUAUGGCCUGUUGAUUGCUAGAAGUUACAUAUUCAUAUAUUUUGAGUUUAGUUGCUUAUCUGUUAAGUUUCCAUUUCAGCCACAUUUUUACUAGUUAAGCUGGGUGGCAAGGAAGUUUGCGCACGUCUUGGUAGUAGCUAAAACAAUCGAAAGCUGCUUGUUUAUAUGCUUUUUCCUAUCAAUGUCAAUUAUGAACAGACAGAGGUAUCAAAAAAUGUAUUCAAGGUUAUAUCCUUUUAUAUUAUUAGACUUUGUGACGUUUAUUAUAAUUA